AUGAAUGCUGCGCUUCAAAAUGGAAGCGAAGCGUCUCUGAGGAAGGCUAUCGUCUUAGCAACAGGAUUUCCUGCCGAGAAUUUUGUAAAAUUUGAAUCGCAAGAUGACGAUACUGCAGGGAGCAAGCUUCGAGCAAUACCCGAAUCUACCCCUGCGGGCGCAUCGGAUUCGCCUGAAAAUCAGGAGACGAUUUCUCUGAGUGCACCCAGCAAGGACUCGCUUCUAUACGAUGUUAUUGUGCAACACUUAUCGUGGGAUCAGACCGAAUACUUAAGCUACAACCAUUUUGCGACAGGGCGAGACAGGUCCCUCUACAUCACAACUCCGGACUUUCCGUCAGGCUUUCCGAUCCGUGAAUGUUCAUAUCCGGAGGACAAUAUUCGCAGAGGUGCUCUGAGCGUCAUCACCUAUCUUGCUGAACAGAGCCAUCCGGAAGCCUUGUACUUACAGGCCAAGUAUUGGGAUGCGAAACAGGUCGGGGGCGAGCUCGCCGAGAAGAAAAGCCUGGAACGAUUCAAGACCAUCGCAGACAUGGGGCACGCAGGAGCCUGCUAUCGGGCGGCACUGGCGCUGGAAGCUACAGGCGAAGGACAAACGAGUGCUGCGUAUUACGAGAAGGGCGUGGCUGCCGAAUCAGCUGGUGCACUCUAUGCCACUGGCAUGAAGACAAUGAGGGGCACCAAUGGGAAAGCACCAGACAUCAGGUCUGGCAUGGAGCUCUUCUUCAAAGCUGCGGAGCAUGCCGACGCAGACACCCCAGAGGUCCUUUACGAGCUUGGUCUGAUCUACGCCAACGAGUCACUUCUCCUUGAGGGCACGAAAAAUCCCACGCCAAGAGACAAAAAGGGCGCCGUCGACUAUCUCCAGAAAGCCGCAUCUUACGCUCUGCGCAGGCCCAGCUUCGACUUGCGCGUGCAUACGAGUUUGGCGAACCUGGCGCUGAUCCCCGAAAGGAGCUGUCGCACGCAACGUAUGCGUACGCUGCGCGUGCAGCUCUUGACAACCUUCCGAUUGCACUAUUUGCUGUGGGCUACUAUUAUGAGAGAGGCAUACACGUUGUUGCUGAUACCCAAAGAAGCGCUCUCGUGGUACGACAAGGCAGCCGCGCGCGGCAAUGCCGAUGCGAAGGAGAGGAUCGCCAAGCUUUUAAGAGGAGAGCAAUCAGCGCCACCGACGGACGAAUCUACUCAACAGCAGGCGAUAGAGGAUACUAAAAGCACCAGGUUGGCGGUGCUCGCGCACGACAAACUCCGACCGGAGGCAAAUGAUGACCUCGAUAAAGCUCCACCGUCUGAACUUUCUGAGCGCGAGAUGGAAGAGAUCAUGGCAACAACAGAUUCUACCAAAGCAGCCGAGAGCGCCGUUGACAGCACGGACACCGAGGAAGAGGUGUUGGGGAAGCCGGUCAGAUUUCAGGCCGCGGCAUUGGGACUACCCAUACAACGGCUUGAACAGGGCGUGAUGAAGCAGAUUAAGACCCUAACGUGGAAAGUGCCUCCAAUGCCGGAUCCGCAGAUACCAGCUCGUCCGCCGAUGGCUGCCAGAAUCAAGACUAGGUGGACGCGCCAAAAGGAGAGCGUUGCCGAUGUACCGGGAGGCAGGCGUGCUCUGCUGGGACAGAAAGCGAAUAGGUAG